UUGACACUGACUGUUGGACAAAUCAUCUUAAGUCAUCGUUUUUGGCAUCACCAUGAGGCCUGCAGUUUUAAUCAUAUUUUUUUUGAGUUUAUUUGGCUUUUUCCUAGGCAGACUCGGCGAUAUGGGUUUUUGCAGUACAGACAAGGUGUAUGUGUGUAACAAAACCUCAAAAUCAUGUUACAUAGCGCGUAGAUGUUAUAUGGAUACUUAUAUAUACUUUCAUUAUCUCGACGUUUGCAAUAAACACUGCUUGAGUGGAUUGGCCUAUCUGUCGAAAUCAACAACCACUACAACAACCACUACCACAACUACAACCACUACUACUACCACAACAACUACCACUACUACGCCUCCCCCACCUGAUUUCGGUGCUUUCGGUGACUAACAGUAAAGUACAGUAAAUGUAUUUUGUUGUUGGAUUUUUGACUGUACGAAAAUGUUGUGACAGCCAAUUAUAGUAACCCAUACAUUCCAAA